AAACCAAUGUCGCAGGAGGAAGUAAGGAGGCUACGUCAGCUUCUAGAAGACGAGCAACGACGCCGCGAAGAAGCAGACCGACGCCUUGCCGAGGAGCAACAACGCCGCGAAGAAGCAGACCGACGCCUUGCUGAAGAGCAACGACGCCUUGCCGAAGAGCAACGACGCCGCGAGGAGACUGAACGGCGAGCCAUCAAAGAGCUAAACACACUACCCGACCUUCUAGAUGGAUGCCACAAGCUCUCUUUAGCAAUUAGCAUUGAAACAAAGGCGACUUUGACAACUAAAGGAGAUCCUGUGAAUCCCAUCAAUAGGAUCUAUCCCAGACGUGUUCUCCACUGGCAUGAAUUUCCUAACAUGCAGCAAAAAAUAUGGGAUGAGUUUAUCACAGAACCCGCUUUCACCUCGCAACGCCUCUUUCCAUCGCCGCAUCAAUUAGACUAUGUCCGUAGCCGUAUCAAGACGAUCUACUCAGAAGACUCCCUUCGGGAUUUUGAACGCGAUACGGUUGAGAAUUUUGUGGAAGCCAUCCUUGACAGACUGUCUGAGAACAAGUCCUUUCGACAACGGUUCAAACUCACUGGCCGGGUGACAUUUGCAGGCCGUGCUGACACGGAAGACUCGAAAAUGGAGACCUCCCUUGAGAAGACAAUGGAACAGAUGCACAUCACAGAACAAUCGUCCAGCG